CUGGGCAGCGACUCUAAAAUUGUGACGGACUUUUCUUGUUACAGAAAUUUUUCGAGAAUGACCAAGUUGUUCAUGUCUUGUAGCCACCGCAUCAUUCUCUUCAAAAUCAAUGCCUUUUCUGCAUAUAUUAUCUACCUUCUCUCACUCUCCUGCGUUGGUUUCGGACUUCUCAAGGCUUCGAAGCCAAGAACCGAUGACUUCACGCCUCGAAACAUCGACCUGUUCUACACCUCUGUGUCGGCCGCCACUAUCUCGAGCAUGUCAGCUGUGGAAAUGGAGGCUUUCUCCAACGCGCAGCUCGUUGUCAUGACGUUUUUAAUGUUUGUUGGGGGCGAGAUCUUCGUGUCCAUGCUCAGAGUCCACUUAAACGCGUUCAAGGUGACUAGGAAACUCCGUGUUGUCAAAGUGCAUGAUGAGACAGGGACCCUGUCUCAUCAGGAUUUUGAUGAUGAGUCUCUCAAGUAUGAUUCUAUUCGAUUUCUGGGUUGGGUAGUGUUGGGAUAUGUUGUUGUGGUGCAGACUAUUGGGAUCGCGUCAGUUCUGAUAUAUCUAGGCCUUGUUUCGGGCGCAAAGAAUGUGGUCCGAAACAAGGGGAUCAAGAGAUUGACCUUUGUUGUUUUCACAGUGGUGUCUAGUUUUGCUAGCUGUGGAUUUGUGCCAACGAAUGAGAAUAUGGUGGUUUUCAAGGAGUAUUCGGGGCUACUUUUGAUUCUCAUCCCUCAGUUGUUGUUGGGGAACACGUUGUUCCCUGCAGCCCUGAGAGGUGUAUUGUGGAGUGGUCGAAGAAAUAAUAUGGCAAAAUAUCUACUGAGAAGUAGUGGCAUGGAAAUAGGAUAUAUGGACUUGCUCCCCGGGCUGCACUGUGUGCUACUUGUUGCUACGGUGUUCGGAUUUCUUUCCAUCGGUUUUGCAUUUUUCUCGUCCAUGGAGUGGAACAAUGCAGGCUUAGAUGGCCUCAAUACAUAUCAAAAGGUGGUGGCCAUCUUUUUCCAAUGCGCUAACGCUAGGCAUGCCGGUGAGACUAUCGUCGAUCUCUCCACGAUCGCCCCCGCCAUACUCGUGUUUUUCGUGCUCCUCAUGUACCUUCCGCCAUAUACAUCAUUUCUACCUAUUGAGAAGGAUGAACAAAUCACGUCAAAAUGUGAAGGAAAAGAGAGAAGGAGAAAUACAAUUAUCCAAACCUUCAUAUUUUCGCAGCUAUCUUAUCUUGUCAUAUUUAUCAUUCUGAUUUGCAUUACUGAAAGGAAAAGCCUUAAAGAGGACCCUCUCAAUUUCAGCGUGCUCAAUAUUACAUUAGAAGUCAUAAGUGCCUACGGCAACGUUGGAUUCACAACUGGUUAUAGCUGCGAUCGUCAGCUAAGAGCAGAUCCAAAAUGUGUCAACAAAUGGUAUGGAUUUUCCGGAAAAUGGAGUGAUGAAGGUAAAAUUAUCCUCAUAAUAGUAAUGUUUUUCGGUAGACUGAACCAAUUCAACAUGAACGGAGGGUGUUGAAGAUGGCUACGUUGCAUGCAUGAGUGAGAUGUCGAUAUACGUGGAUGAAAAGCUGAUGUGCAUGAUUAUGAAGAUGAGAUGUGGAAAAAUAUCUUCACAUGACCGUUGGCGAGCUGGAUCCUAGUCAGCAAUGAGUCAGCUUGGAUUAGUUAGUUAGUUUUUGUUACUUUUGUUAGCUCUGUUCAGCUUUUCGGUUGCUAUAUAUAGCUUCUCUUCUCCUUUGUAAAAACAUGAUUUGUGUGUGAUCAAUAAUAGAUCAUUUUAUCUCUCAAUCU